AUGGAUUCACAAUCAUCAGUGACUGUGAACGGGGUGACUAAGAAUCCUCAUGACGAGAAGCCUGAGAAGUUCAAGGGAAUUGACUUCAAGAGAUGGCAACAGAAGAUGCUGUUUUAUCUCACAACCAUGAAUCUGGCACAUGUUGUCAGAGAGGAGGCUCCCAAAUCAGGAGAAAAUCCAAUGUCUAAGGAAACAAUGAUGACCAUUGAGGCUUGGAAACAAUCUGAUUUCCUGUGCAGAAACUACAUCCUUAACAGGCUUGAUGAUACUCUGUAUGACAUUUAUUCGUCAUACAAUUCUGCAAAGGAAGUUUGGGAAUUACUUGAGAAAAAAUACAAAACAGAAGAUGCUGGUGCCAAAAAAUUCGUGAUUGGCAAAUUUCUCAAGUAUGCCAUGGUUGAUUCGAAGACUGUUAUUAAACAGGUUGAAGAACUUCAAAUUCUGAUCCAUGAUUUGCUUGCAGAGGGGUGCUCUAUUAAUGAACACUUCCAGGUUGGAGCAAUCAUAGAGAAACUGCCUCCAUCAUGGAAAGACUUCAAAAUUUAUUUGAAGCACAAGCGCAGAGAGAUGUCUAUGGAGGAUCUGAUUUUGAGGCUUCGAGUUGAGGAGGAUCACAGGAAAGGUGACAAGGGUGAAGUGCCUGUCAUGGAAGCCAAAGCCAAUGUCGUUGAGACAUCAAAGCCAAAAUUCCAGAAUAACAAGGGCAAGAAAGUUGCAAAGAACUAUGGCAAAACUCAUGCACCAAAAGGCAAGGAUUUCAAGAAAAUCAAAGGUGCUUGCUGGGUAUGUGGAAAACCAGGGCAUAAAGCACAAGAUUGCCGCCACCGAAGAGACCAAAAUCCAACCAAUCCUCAAGCCAAUGUGACUGAAGUCAAUGAACAUUUUGUGGCUGUAGUGUCUGAAACCAAUCUGGUUUCUGAUACUAAGGACUGGUGGGUUGAUACAGGUGCUACUAGGCACAUUUGUGGUGACAGAAAUCUGUUCACUGAUUACGAACAGAAUUCUAGUGGUGAGAAACUGUACAUGGGAAAUGCCUCUGCAUCUGCAGUUGAAGGCAAAGGCAGUGUGCUGCUGAAGUUCACUUCUGGGAAGGUUUUAACCCUAUUGGAUGUGCUGCAUGUUCCUGAAAUUAGGAAGAACUUAGUGUCUGGCCCAAUUCUUAGUAAGAAGGGUUUCAAACUUGUAUUUGAAUCUGACAAGUUCAUCCUAACCAAAGGAGGGCUGUUUGUAGGAAAGGGUUACCUUGCUGAUGGUUUGUUCAAACUCAAUGUAACUGGCAAUGAUGCUUUUAAUAAUAAUAUAAAUAAGGUUUCCGUUUACUUUGCUGAGUCUUCUAAUAUUUGGCAUGCUAGAUUAGGUCAUGUAAAUUAUCGAUCUAUGCAUAGAAUGAUGCAUCUAGGUUUAUUGCCUAAAUUUGAUAUUGACUUUGAUAAUAAGUGUGAAACUUGUACAGAAUCCAAGUUUUCUAGGCAAACCUUUAAAUCUGUUCAAGGAAGAUCAAAUGAAUUACUUGGAUUAAUUCAUAGUGACCUUUGUGACUUUAAAUCUACACCAACUCGUGGUGGGAAAAAUUAUUAUAUAACAUUUAUAGAUGAUUGCAGUAAGUAUUGUUAUGUAUACUUAAUACAUAGCAAGGAUGAAGCCUUACAGAUGUUUAAGACAUACAAGGCAGAAGUUGAGAAUCAACUUGAUAGAAAAGUGAAAGUACUUAGAUCAGAUAGAGGUGGAGAAUAUGAGUCCACUGCAUUUUCUGAUUUUUGUGCAACUCAUGGAAUUAUACAUCAAACCACUGCACCAUAUACACCGCAACAAAACGGUGUAGCAGAAAGGAAAAAUAGAACUUUCAAGGAUAUGAUAAAUUCCAUGUUGAAUAGCUCUGGGCUUCCACACAAUCUGUGGGGUGAAGCCUUACUUACUGCAAAUCACAUCUUGAACAGAAUUCCACAUAAGAAGAGUAAACAAUCUCCUUAUGAAAUGUGGAAAGGACGGAUUCCUACAUACAAGACACUGAAAGUGUGGGGUUGCCUAGCUAAAGUACAAGUACCCUUACCAAAAAGGGUAAAACUUGGACCUAAAACUAUUGAUUGUGUUUUCAUAGGUUUUGCUAACACAAGUGCUGCAUAUAGAUUUUUAGUUAUUAAAUCUGAUAUUUCUGAUAUACAUGUUAACACAAUUAUAGAAUCUGUUGAUGCUGAUUUCUUUGAGGAAAUUUUUCCUUACAAAGAAAAGAGGUCCGGUUCAAACAAAAGGAAAGUACAUGAUGGAAAUCCUGAUGAACCAUCCUCUUCAGGUGUCCAAGAAAAGGAAGUGGAACCUAGAAGAGGAAAGAGGACUAAAACACCAAAAAGUUUUGGACCAGAUUUUGUAAGUUUCCUGACUGAAGAAGAACCACAAACUUAUAAGGAAGCUAUGGCUUCACCUGAGGCUCCUUUAUGGAAGGAAGCUGUUAAUAGCGAAGUAGAAUCCAUUAUGCAGAACCAUACGUGGGAAUUGGUUGAUUUACCACCUGGUAACAAACCAAUUGGAUAUAAAUGGAUUUUUAAAAGAAAGCUAAAAGCCGAUGGUACUAUUGAUAAAUACAAGGCACGUUUAGUUGCUAAAGGGUAUCGGCAAAAGGAAGGGUUGGAUUAUUUCGACACUUAUUCUCCAGUAUCAAGAAUUACAUCUAUAAGGAUGUUAAUUGCUAUAGCUGCAAUACACAAUAUGGACAUACAUCAAAUGGAUGUAAAAACAGCUUUCUUGAAUGGGGAAUUAGAUGAAGAAAUAUACAUGGAACAACCAGAAGGUUUUGUGGUAAAAGGUCAAGAAACUAAAGUCUGUAAACUUGUUAAGUCUUUAUAUGGACUUAAACAAGCACCAAAACAAUGGCAUGAAAAGUUUGAUCAUACAAUGAUGUCACACGGAUUUAAGAUCAAUGAAUGUGACAAGUGUGUCUACAUAAAAAACAACAAGAAUUCUUGUGUUCUUGUAUGUUUAUAUGUUGAUGACAUGCUCAUAAUGGGAACGAGUAAGGAUGCAAUAAAUUCUACAAAGAAGAUGUUGAAUUCAAGUUUUGACAUGAAAGACCUAGGUCAAGCUGAUGUCAUAUUGGGAAUUCAAAUCAAAAGAAAUAAUGAUGGGUAUAUUCUUACUCAAUCCCAUUAUGCAGAAAAAAUUCUAAGAAAGUUUGGUCAAUUUGACUGCAAACCUGCUGUGACUCCUUUUGAUGUAAAUUGCAAAUUAAAAAAGAAUAGUGGAGAUGCAAUUUCCCAAUUGGAGUAUUCCCAAGUAAUUGGGAGCCUAAUGUAUUUAAUGAAUUCUACUAGGCCAGACUUAGCUUAUUCAGUAAGCAGGCUUAGUAGAUACACAAGCAAUCCUGGACAUGAUCAUUGGGAAGCACUAAUAAAGGUGCUAAGAUAUUUGAAAUACACCCAAGACUAUGGAUUGCACUACACUAGAUAUCCACCAGUUCUAGAAGGCUAUAGUGAUGCAAAUUGGAUUUCUGAUAGUACAGAAACCAAAUCAACUAGUGGAUAUGUAUUUACAUUAGGUGGAGCUGCAGUAUCCUGGAAAUCCUCUAAACAGACGUGUAUAGCACGCUCUACAAUGGAAUCAGAGUUUGUAGCCUUAGAUAAAGCUGCUGAAGAAGCAGAAUGGCUGAGAAACUUCCUAGAGGACAUUCCAAUGUGGCCUAAGCCUGUGACAGCAAUUUGUAUACAUUGUGAUAGUAUGGCUGCACAAGCAAGAGCCAAGAGUGGUGUAUACAAUGGAAAGUCAAGACAUAUCAGGCGUAGGCAUAAUACAAUUAGACAAUUGCUCUCAAAUGGAAUUAUAUCCAUUGACUAUGUGAAGUCAAAGGAAAAUAUUGCAGAUCCUUUGACAAAAGGCCUACCAAGAGAGCAAAUCAAAUUUACAUCGAGAGGAAUGGGAUUGAAGCCAAUCCAAUGA